AUGGCACUAGCAAACAACAAAGCACAAUGUUUUACAUGUCAUAGAGAAAACAAUACAUAUACAUGUGAAGGAUGUUCAAAAAGAUUCUGUAUAAUACAUUUAACAGAACAUCAACAAAUAUUAAAUGAUGAAUUAAAUCACAUCACCAAUGAAUAUAAUGAAUUUAGACAUAUAUUUAAUGAACAAAAACAAAAUCCAUAUAAUCUUUCAUUAAUAAAACAGAUUAAUGAAUGGGAAAGAAAUUCAAUUGAAAUAAUUCUACAAAAAGCACAAGAGUGUAGGAAAAUUGUUAUUGAAUAUUCACCAACAUUCUUUAAUGAUAUUGAAAAGAAAUUUAAUGAUUUAUCUGAACAAAUAAAACAAAUUCAUCAAGAAAAUGACUUUAAUGAAAGAAAUUUAAAUUAUUUAAGAAAUCAAUUACUAGAAAUUACACAAGAAUUAAAUAAUCCAUCAAAGAUUUCUAUUAAAGAAGAUUCACAAUCAUUUAUUAAUGAUAUUUCAAUUAUUUCAUCAAAAAAACCAAAAUUCAAUAAAUGGAAACAAAAUGCCGUCAUUGUGGCUGGCGGAAAUGGAAAAGGACAACAAUUAAAUCAACUUAAUGAACCUGAAGGAAUCUUUAUUGAUGAAAACAAAAAUAUUUUCAUUGCUGUUUGCUUCAAUCAUCGCAUUGUUGAAUGGAAAUACAAUGCCAUAGAAGGACAAAUCAUUGCAGGUAGAAAUGGUAUGGGAAAUCGAGUGGAUCAAUUGAAUCUACCAACAGAUGUGAUUGUUGAUGAGCAAAAUUAUUCGAUCAUUAUUGCUGAUUUUAAUAACAGACGAGUGAUUCAAUGGUUGAAUCAAAAUCAACAAAUUCUCAUUAACAAUAUUGGCUGUUAUGGCUUGGCAAUGGAUAAACAUGGGUUUCUUUAUGUUUCUGAUUGGAAGAAGAGUGAAGUGAGACGAUGGAAAAUGGGAGAAUAUAAUAACGAAGGAAUUGUAGUGGCAGGUGGAAAUGGAAAAGGAAAUCAACUCAAUCAAUUUAAUUCACCUACUUUUAUGUUUGUUGAUGAAGAUCAAUCUGUGUAUGUAUCAGAUAGAGACAAUGACCGUGUGGUGAAAUGGGUAAAAGAUGCAAAAGAAGGAAGAAUUGUGGCUGGAGGAAAUCGUCAAGGAAAAAAUCUCAAUCAAUUGUAUUAUCCUCAAGGAGUAAUUGUCGAUGAUUUGAGUCGAAUCUAUGUGGCAGAUUGGGGGAAUCAUCGAAUAAUACGUUGGUGUGAAGGAAAAGCAGAAGGUGAAAUUGUUGUUGGUGAAAAUGGCCAAGGAAAUCAAUCAAAUCAGUUGUAUUAUCCUCGUGGUUUAUCUUUUGAUGAUGAAGGAAAUCUUUAUGUUGUUGAUUCGGGAAACCAUCGAAUUGAAAAAUUUGAAGUAAUCUUGUGA